GAAUGUGUGGGCACUUGGAGUGGAACCACACAAACGUGGUUACCCUUGUAUUUUCUAUUAUAUCUUAGUUAUCUAAACCUUUUUGUUAUGGAUGCAGACGAGGGCGAUGAAGAGGAAAAGCGGAGCAGUGACAACACAGAGCGCAACGCGGAUGAAGAAGAGGGAGAUGAAGACGGAAGGGGCGCGGAUGAGACAGAGAUGUCCGAAGACUGCUUGAAGGACAUUCUCGCGACACUCACGAGGCUGAUGACGAGGACGGGAGGAGCAGCGAUGGCACAGCGCAAGACGAGGGCGGUGACGGGGCAGACGAAGACGAGAGGGAAUCCGAACGUGGCGGCGAGGGGGGCGCAGCUGACGCGCUCCCGAUCGACAGACAAGUAGUGAGGCACUAGAACAUAGUUCAAAAAGGUAAACAAAAUGUGUUGUAGUUG